CACUGGACGGUAACAGCUCCGCGCUCUCCGGUGAAGUUGGACUUUUUAUCACCAGCACAAAACAAAAUGGGACACAACCACCUGUUCUCUGUGAGCACGGCUCUUGUCUGCUCGCUACUCUUGUGUCGGUCAGUUCUUUGUGACAAGACCCACUCGCACGCCGAGGAUGAUCUCUUCAAGACGCUGUUCACUGGAUACAACAAGUGGUCGAGGCCAGUGCCAAACAUCUCUGAUGUGGUCAUCGUCAAGUUCGGACUGUCCAUAGCGCAGCUCAUUGAUGUGGAUGAGAAGAACCAAAUGAUGACAACCAAUGUGUGGCUUAAGCAGGAGUGGAAUGACUACAAACUUCGCUGGAGACCAUCUGACUUUGACAAUGUGACAUCCAUAAGAGUGCCAUCAGAGCUCAUAUGGGUACCAGACAUUGUCCUCUACAACAAUGCUGACGGUGAGUUUGCUGUGACCCAUAUGACAAAAGCUCACUUAUUCCACACUGGUAAAGUUCGCUGGGUCCCUCCUGCCAUUUACAAGAGCUCCUGCAGCAUUGAUGUCACCUUCUUCCCCUUUGAUCAACAGAACUGCAAAAUGAAAUUUGGCUCUUGGACGUAUGACAAGGCCAAGAUUGACCUGGAGCGAAUUGAAAACACUGUGGACCUGAACAAUUACUGGGAGAGCGGCGAAUGGGCCAUCAUAAAGGCUGUGGGGACAUACAAUACAAAGAAAUAUGACUGUUGCCAUGAGAUCUACCCAGACAUCACCUACUUCUUCAUCAUUCGGAGGCUGCCCUUGUUUUACACCAUCAACCUGAUCAUCCCCUGUUUGCUGAUCUCUUGCCUAACCGUUUUGGUUUUCUAUCUGCCCUCAGACUGUGGUGAGAAGAUCACCCUGUGCAUCUCUGUGUUGCUGUCCCUCACCGUUUUCCUUCUCCUCAUCACAGAAAUCAUACCAUCCACAUCCCUUGUCAUCCCACUCAUCGGUGAGUACCUCCUCUUCACCAUGAUUUUUGUCACCCUCUCCAUCGUCAUCACUGUCUUUGUGCUCAAUGUGCACCAUCGCUCUCCCAGCACUCACAAGAUGCCCCGCUGGGUUCACUCAGUGUUCCUGGACCUGAUCCCACGCUGGCUGUUCAUGCGACGACCUGCACCAGAUGGCCGGCGUCGAAGGCUGUUGCUACUGCAGCAGGAAGCAGUGGCAGAGAGGCGACAAGGCCGGAUAGCCGGGUACAAAUCUGGCAAUUGCCUCAGCACCUCGGCGAAUUGGUUAAUAGAUGGGACCACAUCAGAGGACCCUGAAAGAAGCAGUUAUGAGGAUUUAGAGCUGGGAACGCUGACAUCAUAUUUCUCCUUUCGUCCUCCUUCACCCAGACCGCCAGGGUCAACUCCUCCACCACAACAGAAAAACCCACAGAACAACCAAAACCGACAAGAGGGGGCUGCUGGGACAAACAGACAGUUAACAGGGACGAGAGUCAAUCCUACUCACAGGCCAACAAAAGUUGAUAACACAGUAUCAGACUCAACAUUCCUGCUUUCACCAAGUGUUAUACGAGCUCUGGAAGGAGUGCACUACAUUGCAGACCACCUGAGGGCUGAGGAUGCUGACUUUAGUGUAAAAGAGGACUGGAAGUAUGUCGCCAUGGUGAUAGAUCGCAUUUUCCUGUGGAUGUUCAUUAUUGUGUGCCUACUUGGGACCAUUGGCCUCUUCCUACCCCCUUGGCUAGCUGGCAUGAUCUAGCUCUUAAGAGGAAGUGUGAAAAAUCUCUAAUCAUGACUAGUUAGUGAAGUCUGACAUUCAAAAUGUAGCUGAACUCUGCUUUAAGACUGGGAAUGUGAGUGUGAAGUUUUUAAUGCGCUAUGUUAUCAGCCUCAUGAGGCCACAACGGUCACUACAGACCACAAACCAAAAUGUUAGCAUUUUUAGAUUCUCAUUACUAGUGAUGCAGAAAUCAAAAAGGUUUAUCCUCUGUACAGUUAUAGCUCAGAUAUCUCAGACUCAGCUUGUCAGGCUCAGAUGUCAAACUCAAAAAAAAAAAACUCAACUUUCAUCUCAGCUACACCUCGUCAAAUUUCAGGUGUACUUCCUUAGCCUCACUGGUUGCGUUUGACCUGAGUGUGAACAUUUGUGCGUUAACAUGCUCAGAAUUGGCAGUUUAUGUUUAGUUUACUAUUGGAUGUUAACAUGUUAAUGAUUAGCAUGUAAGAUUUGGAUAUGUUUUGAAUGGUGUCUCAUCUUGGUUUGCGUAUCAUGCUAGUCUUAAAGCAUGGUGAAAAUCCAAUUUAAAAUUCAGUAACUUAAUUACAUUUAGAAGUUACGGCUAUUAGUAAUCUUGCAGUUUGAGGGCGGGAUGAUCAGUUUUUCAUCUCUGUAGGAUAUGAAAAGAAAUAUGGCUAGUAUUUGGUUACAUUUUCAAGUACCAAUCUGAGUAUGUCAUUAUAUUUCCUUGUAACUUGCCCAACAUUAGUCAGCAGCAGUAAUCUAAAAUACGGAUAAAGUAUCCAGUCAUGAACUCAAGAGGAAAUUUAGAUCUUUUGGUGAUGCUUGAUGAGCUUUAUAACUGGAUCAGCAGGUACUGGAUUUCAGCUUUUGGGGACAAUUAAUGUACAAAAUUUCAUAGAAAUCGACUUCUAUGUCAUUCAAAGGUUGGACUGACAGUGAAAGACUGAAGUGUCAUUCUGCCUAAAAUGGGGUGGCAUUUACCUUGUAAGUUUCUGAACCAACAGUGGUAUGUUGUACUAGGAAUAAGUAGUAUACUGUACUUUUGGAAAGAAAUUCUUUUUACUUUUUUUGACGGGUUUUUCUUUCUGGCCAUGCAUUCAUGAUUACUCUUAUUUUUGAUUGAUCACACUAUGUAAUAAAUACCCAGAUGAAAACCUGUAACAAAUAUUCACCUAUAUCAUAUCAUUUAUUGAUUGGUGUGAAUGACCAAAGAACGCCCACAGGUUGAGUCAGUCCUGCAGAUGUUCAUUCAAAAUACACUGUCACAAUACAACACAAUACUAUAGAGGUGCAGGGCCAC